AAAUUUGACUUUAUAUUUGAUGGCAGAGGCUCUUAGAGAGAGUAAAAGAGAAAUGGCGAAUGCCACCAGAGGCAUUGAGAAGGAGAUUACAGCCUUACAGAUGGAAGAAAGGCAUCUAGUUGCAGAGAUAAAGAGAACUGCAAAAACAUCAAAUGAGGCUGCAACUAAAAUUUUAGCACGCCAAUUAGUCAGGCUUAGACAACAAAUAGCAAAGUUACAAGGUAGCCGAGCUCAAGUAAGAGGCAUAGCUACUCAAACGCAGGCAAUGUCUGCUCAAUCAUCUGUAUCUGCUGGCAUGAAAGGAGCAACUAAAGCAAUGGCAGCAAUGAACAAGCAAAUGGAACCGGCUAAGCAGACAAAAGCAAUAAGGGAAUUCCAGAAGCAAUCGGCACAGAUGGAAAUGACUACAGAAAUGAUGUCAGAUGCCAUAGAUGAUGUCCUGGAUAAUGACGAGGCUGAAGAUGAAACUGAAGAGCUGACAAAUCAGGUGCUAGAUGAAAUUGGUGUUGAUGUUGCUUCACAGUUAUCAUCUGCUCCAAAAGGGAAAAUUGCUGGGAAGAAGACUGAGAAUGUUGUUAGCAGUUCAAACAUUGAUGAUCUAGAGAAGCGGUUUGCAGCCUUGAGGAAUCCUUAAAUCAAAAGUUUGCCUGCUGAGCCACUAAAGUUCGGCUAUAUUUAUUUUUGACUCGUCUAAUCUUUUGAUUUCAAUUUCGUGCAAACGAUAAGUUAUAUGAUCUCCGAUUGACUAUCUAUCAUGUGUAGUAAAUAUUGUGCGAAUGUUUGCCCUAGAGUGUAUUAUUAUCCGAAGAUUCAGUCA